UGCUCAAAUCACCGCGGAAUGAUGGACGAUUUGAUUGACUGGUUAUACCAUAUGCUACAUGCAUAUUGUAACUCCACGCUCACAUGAUGUGCAUAGCCAUCAAAUACUUGAGCGCCCAUUUCAUCCAAACUCCAUAUCGGCCUCCAUAGAACAAGUCCACAGCUUCAAGAUUCUCUUCCAUGCUGAUUUAACGCCGCAUUCGCGUGUUUGAAGUUUUGGAUGAAUAUAUUUUUCAAGACCGAUUGCGAAAUCAAGCGUCGAAGAGCCAUAUAUAGCGCUAGCACGACUGAUAUGAUGAUCAGCCUCCCAAACACCGCCGUUUCAUUUCGGGCGAUGGACAAACAGCCGGAAUAGUCCAUUUUGAACGUCGAAACAUCCUUCUUAGGUGUACAUAAAGGGUUGCGUCCUGCUCGUUGCUAGCUCGCUCUCGAAACACGCCCCAUACGUCCAACUUCCAAUGACCGAAGUUACAGGCAAAGUAGAUUUCAAAGUCGGAGAUGACACGUACCAGACUUGGUACAAAGUCGUCGGCGAUCUCACUUCGGGUGCCCACCCUCUCAUCGUGCUGCACGGUGGCCCCGGCGUCUCGCAUGAGUAUAUGACACCUCUCGUCGAAAUCCACAACAAAUGUAACAUCCCCGUCGUCUUUUACGACCAGAUCGGCAUCGGAAAGUCCUUUUUUGAAGGUGUGGCGGACAAGCCCAAAGAGUUUUGGACCGUUGAUCUCUUCGUGGAUGAGCUGGAAAACCUUCUUGCCCACCUUGGUGUCCAGAAUGGCUUCGCUCUUCUAGGUCACUCCUGGGGAGCGAUGCUAGGGGCACACUACGCCAGCCACAGACAUCCUGUGGGUCUCAAACACCUCGUCAUCACCAGCGGAACGCCGUCCAUGGCACUGUGGGAACAGAGCACCCGCCAGCUGCUGCAAGCGCUGCCAGCGGAUGUGAGGGAGACGAUUGAGAGGCACGAAAAAGAGGGGACAACGGAUAGUCCUGAAUAUGAAAAAAUGGUAGGGAUCUUCUUUGAAAAGCACGUUUGCAAGAGCCCCUGGCCAAAGGUGAUGGAAACGUCCUUUGCGGCAAUGAUGCAACAUCCCACCGUGUAUCAUACGAUGAAUGGACCGUCGGAGUUUACGAUCACGGGAACGCUGAAGUCAUGGUCGUGUCUGGAUCAGAUUCACACAAUCACGACACCUACUCUGCUCACCAACGGUGUGAUGGAUGAAGCGCAGGACGUCUGCAUGAGUCCUUUCUUCCAGAGAAUCCCGCAUGUGAAGUGGGCGCAGUUUUCGCAGCGUCACAUGCCAUUCUUGGAGGAGGAGGACCAGGCGAGAUACUUUCAAGUGGUGGCUGAUUUUUUGACAUAUGCUUGAAUAGUUAAUCCUGUAAAAUAUAAGACUGAAUGCACGAGAAUGGAAUGACCAGUUAUUUGCACCUUCCAUGGGUUCAGGGAAGGAUACACAAUGAGAGGGCGGCCGUCUGCUAUAUGUUAGGAGAGCUUAGAGAUACUAUGAACAAAUGAGGUGGCAAAGUGAGAUGGGAAUCCG